UUUUGUACAGGUUCAUGUCAUGGAAGAACCUGUGACUGAGACAGAAACGGAGACUUUGCCCGAUGCCCAGGUUGUGACAAACCAGAUGAUGGUCAUGCUGACUGAAGUCAAACAGCAUGCAGACGCUGUUUCCCAACUGGCCUUUGAGAUGACGAGACUGGUAGAGACACACAGAGCAGGAACUUUCCCCGUGUCUCCUGGUGCCGUACCUGCUUCCACUGUCCUUGUUCAACAGACAGAACAGCGACCAGAGUCCAAGACGGACUCAGACAGUGGCAAAGGCAGCAGCAGUGAUUCCUCUGAGGAGAGGUUGGAGAGUGAAGUGAGCAGAUGCCCCUCAAAAGAAGAUGAUGUUGUUACUUUAGCAUAUGGUAUCUCAUGCAGUUCUGAUGAGGAAGGUAUGAGAAGAGAAGCAACGCUAAGUUCCAUAGAACAAGAAGGAGAAGCUUGUUCAGAUGAUGAGUCACAGAAGAAGGACAGCAUCUCAUCCACUGAGAAAGUAGAGGGGUUAUGUAUGUCUGAGGAAGAUCAGGACUGCAGAAGCCCAAUUGAGGAAAGUGAUGUUCCUUCAGAAGAGGAAUCCCUUCCUAAUGAAGACAGACCACCAAUGUUGGAUGAGGAAGGUACGAAAAGAAACCAAACAAAAGAGACUGUUAAAUUUGGGUUAAUCCAUUGA